AGCGGAAGCUGAGGGGGGUGUUGGUUGCCGCUUUGUCGGAGCAGGUGCCGCGGCUUGUUUUUGGUGCGGCGUUUAAGGUCUGCGGCGGCGAAGCCCUUUUCAAGGCAAAAGGAUUCUCACCCUAGUUUGUCUCGCUCUUCCCUCUCACUAUGGGGGAGCUCUUCCGGAGUGAAGAAAUGACCCUUGCGCAACUUUUCCUUCAGUCUGAAGCAGCGUAUUGCUGUGUCAGUGAACUGGGAGAACUUGGGAAGGUCCAGUUUCGAGAUCUAAACCCUGAUGUGAAUGUGUUCCAGCGUAAAUUUGUCAAUGAAGUCCGGAGGUGUGAAGAGAUGGACAGGAAACUUAGGUUUGUGGAAAAGGAGAUUAAGAAGGCCAAUAUUCCCAUCACAGACACUGGCGAGAAUCCAGAGGUGCCGUUCCCCAGAGACAUGAUUGAUUUGGAGGCAAACUUUGAGAAGAUUGAAAAUGAGCUCAAAGAGAUUAAUACCAACCAGGAAGCCCUGAAAAGGAACUUCCUGGAGCUGACGGAAUUAAAAUUUAUACUGCGCAAAACUCAGCAGUUUUUUGAUGAGGCUGAAUUGCAUCAUCAGCAGAUGGCGGAUCCCGACCUGUUGGAGGAGUCUUCGUCUCUGCUGGAGCCGAGUGAACUGGGAAGAGGAACCCCACUACGAUUAGGAUUUGUGGCUGGUGUGAUCAGUCGUGAGCGGAUCCCUACCUUUGAGCGGAUGCUGUGGAGGGUGUGUCGUGGAAAUGUCUUCUUGCGUCAGGCUGAAAUUGAAAAUCCGCUGGAGGACCCUGUGACGGGGGACUAUGUGCACAAGUCGGUGUUCAUUAUUUUCUUCCAAGGUGACCAGCUGAAAAACCGAGUCAAGAAGAUCUGUGAAGGAUUCCGGGCUUCUCUCUACCCCUGUCCAGAAACUCCACAGGAAAGGAAGGAAAUGGCUGCUGGAGUCAACACCAGAAUCGAUGACCUUCAGAUGGUGCUGAACCAAACUGAGGAUCACCGACAGAGGGUCCUGCAGGCUGCUGCCAAGAACGUCCGUGUCUGGUUCAUAAAGGUGCGCAAGAUGAAGGCCAUCUACCACACCCUGAACCUCUGCAACAUUGAUGUGACCCAGAAAUGUCUCAUUGCCGAAGUCUGGUGUCCCGUUGCUGACCUUGACUCCAUCCAGUUCGCCCUCAGGCGGGGCACGGAGCACAGCGGAUCCACUGUCCCCUCCAUCCUGAAUAGGAUGCAGACCAACCAGACGCCACCCACAUACAACAAGACAAACAAGUUCACGGCUGGGUUUCAGAACCUCGUGGAUGCCUAUGGCAUUGGAACCUAUCGUGAGAUCAAUCCAGCUCCAUACACUAUCAUCACCUUCCCGUUCCUGUUUGCUGUGAUGUUUGGGGAUGUCGGCCACGGAAUUCUCAUGACGCUGUUUGGUGUGUGGAUGGUGAUCCGGGAGAGCCGUAUCCUGUCACAGAAGGGUGACAACGAGAUGUUCAGCACCGUUUUCUGCGGCCGGUACAUCAUUCUCCUGAUGGGUACUUUCUCCAUUUAUACCGGCCUGAUCUAUAACGACUGCUUCUCAAAGUCUCUCAAUAUGUUUGGUUCAUCCUGGAGCGUCCGGCCAAUGUUCAUAAAAUCCAACUGGACAGACGAUCUUCUCAAGGAAUAUCCUAGCCUUCAGCUAAAUCCUGCCAUCGAGGGUGUCUUCGGCGGGGCAUACCCCUUUGGCAUAGAUCCGAUCUGGAAUAUCGCCACCAACAAGCUGACCUUCCUCAACUCCUUCAAGAUGAAGAUGUCUGUCAUUCUGGGCAUCAUCCACAUGGUCUUUGGCGUCUCUCUCAGUCUGCUCAAUCACAUCUACUUUAAGAAACCUCUGAACAUCUACCUCGGGUUUAUCCCUGAAAUAAUCUUCAUGACAUCGCUGUUUGGCUAUCUGGUCAUCCUCAUUUUCUAUAAGUGGAUAGCGUACGAUGCUAAGAACUCCAUGGAUGCACCAAGUCUUCUCAUCCACUUCAUCAACAUGUUUCUCUUCUCCUAUGAUCCCAAAGAAAAGAUGCUUUAUAAGGGACAGAAAGGGCUCCAGUGCUUCCUGGUUGUGGUAGCAUUGCUGUGUGUGCCGUGGAUGCUGGUUGCCAAACCUCUGGUCCUUCGCCAGCAGUACUUGCGAAGAAAGCACUUGGAAGGGCAGCCCGUGGAACCCCCUGUCAGCCCAGCCCAGAGUCCGCAGGCAGUAGAAGCAGCGGCGGCUGCAACAGGGACACUCAAUUUUGGUGGGAUCCGUGUGGGCAAUGGCCCAACUGAAGAAGAUGCAGAGAUAAUCCAGCACGACCAGCUCUCAACCCAUUCAGAGGAGGGGGAGGAGCCUGCCGUGGAGGAGGUGUUUGACUUUGGGGACACGGCCGUACACCAGGCCAUCCAUACUAUCGAAUACUGCCUGGGGUGCGUCUCCAACACAGCGUCAUACCUUCGCCUCUGGGCACUUAGCCUGGCACAUGCACAGCUUUCUGAGGUCCUCUGGUCCAUGGUGAUGCGCGUGGGGCUCAGUGCAAAGAGCUUGGCUGGUGGCUUCGGCAUGUUCUUCGUGUUUGCUGCUUUUGCCACCCUGACAGUGGCCAUCUUGCUGAUCAUGGAGGGCCUCUCUGCUUUCCUGCAUGCCCUCCGCUUGCACUGGGUGGAAUUUCAGAACAAGUUCUACAUGGGCGCCGGGUUCAAGUUCCUCCCUUUCUCAUUUGACACCAUCCGUGAUGGGGGAUUUGAUGAAUGAUCCUCUUGAGGCCAGUUGGACGGAUGUGUGGCAGUAAACCUUGGCUCCCUCCUGCAUGUGUUUGUGUUUGCCUGUGUGUGUGAUAAAUCUGAAGUUGUAUAGCUCUCCUGUUGUGUAGUCGAGCUGCUAGUGUGACAAUAUCUUGCUUUUCUCAUGAGAACCCCACUCAAAAGAGAAAGGGAAUAAUAGGAAAAACAUAAGAAUCAUAAGAAAAUAUUGCUCCUGUAAUCACCUUGGCAGGUCCUGGGGUGGGGCAGUGUCCUUCAAGUUGUACAGAGACUACCGCGGAGGAGCACAUCCUAACCACCUGC